AUGGUCAAAGAAACAAAGCUCUAUGACCAGCUCGGCGUCAAGCCUGACGCUACCCAAGAUGAAAUCAAGAAGGGUUAUCGAAAAGCGGCCUUGAAGUACCACCCCGACAAAAACAAGGACAAUCCCGAUGCCGCCGAGAAAUUCAAGGAGUGCUCACAAGCCUACGAGAUACUUUCUGAUCCAGAAAAGCGCAAAGUUUACGACCAGUAUGGCCUCGAAUUCUUGCUGCGCGGCGGCGGCGCACCACCACCAGAAGGAGGCAACCCCUUCGCUGGCGGCGGAGGCGGCGGCGUCCCACCAGGCUUCGCGGGCUUCGACUUUGGAGGCGGCGGCGGCGGUGGUACCAAGACCUUCCACUUCAGUACCAACGGAGGAGGCCCUGGCGGAUUUAGUUUCUCCAACCCGGACUCCAUUUUCGCCGAGUUCAUGCGCAGUGGAGGCGGUCCUGGCGCCGGCGGCGGCGACGACGACUUCGGUGACAUCUUCAGUGCUUUCGGCGGUGCCGGCCCGCGGGCCAGCCGCGGUGGGCCUCGCAUGAGAAGCAGCUUCCCAGAUGCCGGCAUGGGCGGCGGCCGCAGCGCACGGCAAGCAACGCCCGAAGUGACGACUGUGGAGCGUCCACUGCCUGUGUCUCUAGAGGACAUGUUCAAGGGUGUGGAGAAGAAGAUGAAGAUCAAGGCCAAGAAGUUUGACGAGAACGGCAAGCGAACGACCACCGAUCAGAUGCUUACCGUGCCCAUCAAGGCUGGCCUGAAGAAGGGCAGCAAAAUCCGCUUCAAGGGCGUGGGAGACCAGGAGGAGGGUGGUCAGCAGGACCUGUGCUUCGUCAUAGAAGAGAAGCCACACCCGAUCUACACCCGCGACGGCGACGACCUGAUCAUGACCGUCGACCUGGAGCUGAAGGAAGCCCUCACAGGCUGGAAGCGCACUGUCACUACGAUUGACGGGAGGCAGCUCAGCCUGGAUAAGUCCGGCCCUACGCAGCCUGGAUCUCAGGACUCUUACCCAUCCCUUGGCAUGCCCAUCUCCAAGAAGCCGGGCCAGCGGGGCAACUUCAUCAUCAAGUACAACGUCAAGUUCCCCACAUCAUUGACCGCCGAGCAGAAGGAAGCUCUUAAGGGGAUCUUGUAA